GCUGUCUCAGCUGACGUGGAUUUAUGUCAAUAAUUUUGGUUAUUAUUCCGCUAAGUGGGGCAUUUAGUAUAUAGAGCUGAUCUUUUUUGAUCAGCUCAGACUUUAAUUAACUAACUUUACUGGAAAAAAUGGCCAAAUUUGUAUUCCUAGUCAUUUCUUUAAGUGUUUUUAGUCUAUUUAGGUACGUAAAGUGCAAUGUAUUGGGUUCUGUACUCCUUGACGAGCAUAGCUUUGAUAAAAUUAUCCCCCGGUUUGAGACAGUCCUCGUGAAAUUCGAUGCUUCGUAUCCCUAUGGAGAUAAACAUGAAGCAUUCUCCUCAGUUGCUGCAGAACUAAAGAACUCCCAUGAUAUAUUAUUCGCCGAGGUUGGUAUAAAAGACUGGGGUGAGCAGGAAAACCAAAAACUAGCUGAAAGAUUCGGUAUAAAAAGUAAACAAGAAUGGCCAGCUUUAAGGUUGUUUGUUAAAGGAGAAGAUGAACCGUUUAGCUUUAAUUCUAACCAUCUAUGGACAGCUGAUGAAAUCAAGAAAUUUAUCAGAGAGCAUAGUAAUAUCUAUCUAGGUUUGCAGGGGUGUAUUGAGAGAUUUGAUCGGUUAGCUGCAGAGUUUGCUGCAUCUAGUAAUAAGAAGGAAAUCAUACAGAAGGCUGAAACAGAGCUCAGUAAAUUGAAGAGGGAGUCUGAGAAGAAAUCCGCAGCAGUCUACGUCAAAUUCAUGAACAAAGUGCUAGAAAAGGAAUCGUUUGUACAGGAUGAAACAAAGAGACUGAAGAAGAUUAUUACAGAGGGCAAAGUAAAAGCAGACAAGAGGAAGGAUCUUCAAAUAAGAGCCAACAUUCUGUCAUCAUUUAAUCCAAUCAGAUCGGAACUCUGAUAUCACGCCAUUGGAAAACAAAUUCUUUUUGUCUUGGCUGUCAUAAAUUUUGUUCUUCUUGCAGGGUAUUUCUUGUACGUACGAGAUCAUAACAUUUUCGUUAGUAUACAUUUACCUUUCAUCAUAUUUUGAAUUACUUGAGAAUCAAAUAAGAUUUAUAAUUAAUAUAAAUGAGGAGUCAAGUUGCAAGACCCACCUUGUCCAUUUUUCUUAAAAUAGCUUAAUGACAUAUACAGGGUGUUCGAGAAAUAGGUGCAGAUAUUUUAACUGGUAACUGGUUGUAUAGUUCGGCCGGUUAUCGUCAGCGGUUCUCAAAAUGUUGCCAUUAUUUUUGUUUAAUUUUUAAUAAGUUAAAUAACUCGGUUAUUUUUAAUUUAUUUUAAAAAUGAUAAAGAGACCAGAUUGUUUCUGGAACAUCCUGUAUUAAUAAUGAAUCCUGAAAUCUACAUAAACAUAGUCUCAAACUGCAGCAAUAGUCAUCUAUUCCUAUAUAAAAUUCACUACAAAUUACGUUAUUGCAGCAAAAUCCGUCUUAUCCAUUUACAUUUGUUUUUUAUUGUUAUUGUUGCGAGUCCCGCAUUUUUUCAUAGGCUUUUUACACAAGUAUAAUAUUACUACUGACGUCUUUCCAUUUUCAAAUCCUAUCUAAUAAAUCAAGUUAGGAUGCAAAUAUACUGUAGCUAAACUCGCAAUAUGUAUCAUAUACUGCAACAAAACCAUAUCGCCAUAUCUGAAUUAUUUUUGUGUUUUUUUCUUUUUAAAAAUUAAAUAUUAAUUUUUAUUUCUAAAAAACGAGAUACAAAACAAUGAUUCCACUCAAUGGACACGUUUGUUGUAAAAUGACGCUUCAUACAUUUUUUGCAAAACAGUUUUUGCAACUUGACGCCUCGAAUAUACACAGGGUGAUCCAAAUUCAUCGAUACGGGGUGGUGUAACUAUACUGAUACUAAAAGGCAACUUUGUCCCGGUUUAAGCCACCCUGUAUCUCUUACCGUUUCCUAGAUCUCAAAAUGGCGACAGUCGAAUUUUGAAACACCCGGUAUAAAUGAAAAUUUACUUAAGGUACCUUAGAUGUAUAGAAAUAAAAGUAUCUUAUUAUGUUUUAAUCAUACUGUGACUGAUUUUAUAACGCUGUUUGUUUUUUAUACAUUCCAGUUUAAUUAAGUUAUAUGUUUGGUUCAAAUCAAUGACUAAAAUUCGUUUGUCUUUGGUUCGAAUCCCAUUGAAUGUUUGCGUAUAUAUGUAUUAAUAAUGUAUUAUUUACAAUAUAUACGUACAUAUCUGUGUAUAUACGUAUAUAAUGUGAUUGUUAAAGUGUUUGUUAAAUGUAUGUAUUGGUAGAAAAAGUGCUGUUCGAUAUUUUUCAAGUUAUAUUUUUUGUUAUCCUAAAAAUAAUUAUAUAUUUACUAUUUGUGAAUCAAUAUAUUUAUUCUGAUAUUGA